AUGAGAGGAUAUGUGCAAGCUAAGUUUGAAGAAAAGUGCAGAAGGGCCAUAGAAGAUCAUAAAGCUCAUAAGGCUUACGUCGAGAGAAGAACAAGAGAAAGAAGAUCUGCGUUUGAAGAGGCAAGAAGAAAGGCUGACAAAACAUGCCACAGAAAGAAGAAAAGAUCUGAAAACGAGAAAUUGCACCGACUAGACCAUGACUCUGAAAACAAUGAUCUAAGGGCUGCUUAUAAACAUCUACGCAGUUUGAGAGAGGGAUACAAACCACGCACAACUCUUUAUAGAAACGACGAACGACAAGUAACCAGUGAUCUACAACAAAUCCAGGACACGUGGAAAACAUACUUCCAAAAUUUAUUGGGAUCGCAAGAAAAUGAUCAUAUGGAAAUGCCAGAUGAGAUGCAACAACAAGGCGCCACCUACAUCAACAAGGACCAGGAAUACUACCCUAAAUCAAAAGCGUGGAAUUUUAACAACAUUAAUGGAACGUGGGUAAAGAAUCUGAACCACAACACACAACAUCUGGAAAAUAGAUCUAAACUACAUACAUCUGAGAUUGAUAAGGCUAUGAGACCGAAAUUUUGUUUACGUCGAGAUUUAGAGGAGAAACCGGUGAUUGCCAGCUAUCUGCCUUAUACCCCUCAGGAAGGUUAUCAGAAAGCUGAUUCACGAAACUUACUCCAUGUGAAUGUGGAAAUGGUGUACGAGUUUUUUACGAAUAACGCAAAUUUAAAUGAACCUCAGAGCAGCGGCGUUAAAGUAGUUCGAUCUGGAAGAGAAGAUUACGGAGACUCUGCAGUUGGUUAUGUGCAAGUCAAGAGGAACGAGGAUAUGUGUACUGUGCAGGGUCGCAUUUGCCCGGAACAUAAAGUACGCUCGAAACCGUACACAGUUAAAUGUCUUGUUGAUGAAAAAGACAGAGUCGUCGAAAAAGUUGAUUGCAUGGAUUGCGCUGCGUCUGCUGGAGGGUGCAAACACUCAGUUGCGUUUCUGAUGUGGUUGCAUAGGCGAUCAGAAGAACCAGCUCCUACUGCCGUGUCUUGUUAUUAG